GCUAACUGCAGGAAGCAAGAAGCAGCACAACCGAUUUUUUCUACUUCCGGUGCAUUGCGUCUUCGCCUUUCCAGAGACCGGAGGGGGUUCUCGUGCUCUCGCGAGAGGCGGGAAAGAGCGCAGGGUUUGAAAGAUGGCGGACGACGUGGAUCAGCAACAAACUACCAACACUGUAGAAGAGCCUCUGGAUCUCAUCAGGCUCAGUCUGGAUGAACGAAUCUAUGUGAAAAUGAGAAAUGACAGAGAGCUUCGAGGCAGGUUACAUGCUUAUGAUCAGCAUUUAAAUAUGAUAUUGGGAGAUGUGGAAGAAACUGUGACAACUAUAGAAAUUGAUGAAGAAACAUAUGAAGAGAUAUAUAAAUCAACAAAACGGAAUAUUCCGAUGCUCUUUGUCCGGGGAGACGGUGUUGUGCUAGUUGCCCCACCAUUGAGAGUUGGUUGAAACAAAGAAUUUAUCCUGUGUGGAAAAUAGGAGAUUUUGUAUGAUUGCCUCUUUAAAUGUAGAAGAUAUUCAAAAGAGAAACCGGCGUACGUUUUGAUUUUAAGAAAUAACCAAGAAUUCUUCCACUUCUGAAAUAAGUUGAUUUGCAGAUAACUCACAAAUUCUUAAGCUAAAUGGCAUUUUUAUUUUUCUCCAGCCCUUCCAAAUAAAUGUGAUCACCAAGACGCAGAGCUUUCUCAGGAGUUGAUUUGCUCCGUUGUUUUUUCGGACAAUUUCUGGGUUUCUUUCUUUAAAUUAAAUUUGAUGUUUCCUUUUUUGAUUUUUAA